UCUGAAAUUGGUACCGGCGUGUGUGUGUGUGUGUGUAACAGCGCAAAGCCACAGGAGAGCAAGGCGAGGCGGAGAGGGAAAACGCGAGCCCAUUGCCCCAAUCCCCUCGCCUCAACUACAUGUGUGUGGGAGGCCGGUUGAUGUAAGGUAUGCCUGAGAGGUCGGACCUAGUGGAGGCUUUGCGCUUGAAGCUGCAAGAGGCUACGGAGUGCGGGGAGCCCGAGACGCUUCGGGCAGUGACGGCUGAAGUGGACAAGCAGUUGUCCGUCCUGCCGGUGCCCCUGCUGGCCAGGAGGACCAGCUACCGGGAGGCUGAGGUGGACCCGGAGGCCAAGGCACUGUACCCCGAGGAUGCGCCCUCGGACAUGGCGCCACUGGCCUGCCCGGGCGUGGGCAACCACCUCUUCGAGGCGGCCAGCACCCUGUUGCUGGGGGACGCGGGCCUGAGCAUGGAGCUCCAGCUGAGGACCAUGGUGGAGAUGCUGCUCCACAAGCAGUACUACCUGAAGGGGAUGAUCGACUCCAAGAUCAUGCUGCAGGCCGCCCGCUACUCGCUGUGCACCGAGGAGUCGGCCCGCAAGAUGAACCUGCCCAUGGCCAUCUUGGAGGCCAUUUUUGACGCUGACGUCAAGGCCACCUGCUACCCAGGGGCCUUCACCAACAUGUGGCACAUCUACGCCCUGGCUUCGGUGCUGCAGAGCAACAUCUACUCCAUCUACCCCAUGAGCAACCUGAAGAUCAGGCCCUACUUCAACCGGUUGAUCGGGCCCCGCUCCCGUUCCCCGGGGGCCCCUGUGCCAACGUUCCACAUCAUGUGGGCAGGGGAGCGGCUGUCCCGGGCCGUCUUCAGGCCUCAGUACUUUGCCCCCGUGGUGGCACUGGGGCAGCCGGAGGGUGAUCCUUCCGCCUCGGCCUUGCCCCUCAAGACGCUGGAGCUGCUGAACGCCGAGCCGGACAUCUCCUACUCGGUGCUGCGGGAGAGGUACAGCAUCACCAAGAGCACUUUCUACCGGUGGAAGCGGCAGUCGCAGGAGCACCGGCGCAGGGCCGCCGCCCGCUACGAGGCCCGCCAUUUCCUGCAGCAGUGCUUCGCCGGCGGGCGCUUCCUGCCCUUGCAGCAGUUCCGCAGCCGCUUCCCGGACAUCUCCCGCUCCACCUACUACGCCUGGAAGCACGAGAUGGUGGUGGCGGCGGCGGCGGCUGCUGCCGCUACUACUGCUGGUGGGCCGCUUGCCGAGGCCCAGGACCGGGACCAGGACCAGGCCCGGCCGGGGUUGCCGGGGAAACCGGCCCGGGAGCAGGAGCGGGAGCAGGAGGCCCCGAGCAAGGAGGCGGGUCAGAGGUCGCCGUCCAUGCAGCUGGCCCGCGGCUUCCUGCGGCAGUGCGUCCUCCUCAACAUCUGCCCGCCCUACAAGAACUUCCGCAAGAGCUACCCCUGGAUCUCCAGGUCCACCUACUACAACUGGAGGAGGGAGGCCAUGAGCCAGGCCGGGAUCAGGCCGAGGAGGGAGGAGAAUGAUGAGGAUGAGGAGGCCCAUCGUCAUGGUGACGGGCUUGAGGCCGAGCCUGAGGCAGAAGGUCAUCCCACUCUCGUUGCCGGGGCUGUGCCUACCUCAGUUGCCGGGGCUGUGCCUACCUCAGUUGCCAGGGCUGGGCCUACCUCAGUUGCCGGGGCUGGGCCUACCUCAGUUGCCAGGGCUGGGCCUACCUCAGUUGCCGGGGCUCGGUUUACCUCAGUUACCGGGACUCGGCCUACUCUCAUUGCUGGGGCUCGGCCUCCCUCAGUUGCCAGGGCUGGACCUACUCCCAUUGCCGGGGCUGGGCCUACCUUAGUUGCUGGGGAAGGGCCCUACUUUGUCGAUGGCGCAGGGCCACUCCGUGACAAAAUGGCCGUCCCUCCCUCCUUGCCAGGCCUGAGCAGGGGGCAGCGGGAGCAGGAGAAAGCCCGGCGCCGAGCCCAGAGGUGGCAGGUGCCCCUGUCGGUUUUCCGUGUGCGUUUCCCCACUAUCCCCGCCUCCACCUUCCUGCGCUGGCGGGCGUUGGCAAGGAGAGCAGGCCGGAGGGUCGCCAGGCUGCGGACGGGCGAGGAGGUGCCAGCCGAGGGGGUGCGGUGGGUGGUGGCAGAGGCAGCGCUGGGCCCAGCGGUCGCCGUGGAGACGCCGCCCUCUCCAGCCAUGUCCAAGACCAGCGCCAAGCUGUUCCUCCAGCGCCGCUUCAUCUCCAAGAACUUCCCCUCCUUCCGAGAGUUCAGCACCUACUUCCCCCUCACCCCCCGCUCCACCUACUACAUGUGGAAGCGAGCCCUCACCAACGGCAUGAUGCUGGCUGACUGCUGA